UAGUCAAAUAAGCCUCAAGUAAUUCGACACUAUCAUAGAUCUAAAUACAAAAUGGGUUUACCUCACAUGGACAGAUUUUGGGUGGAGUAAAUACUCUCGCUUCGCUUCUUCCUCUCUUGUUUACCAUACAUUUUUUCUCAGGUGGUAUCGGUUAGGGGGAAAUUAAUGUGCAAAUGUAUUUCAUAAUGCUGGAGUAAGACUAUAUAUUACCAUACUACUCACAUCAGGUUUAAGUUCAUUUUGUAACCAGGUAGAAGUCAGACUAGCUAGCUAACUGUUAGUUGACACUAACUUGCUUAUUAUUGACACAUAACUACAUUUGGAUUUUAUUUUGGUGACUUGAUUAUUUCAUGUACAUCUACUAUGGUCUUGGAGGUAGAGAGUUUAUUCGGGGUGUACAUGCUGUAUUGCACCAAUCCCAAAUUCAAGGGUCGUAUCUACAUUGGUUUCACUGUGAAUCCGGAGCGUCGUAUAGGACAGCACAACGCCGGGCGACACCGAGGUGGAGCCAAGAGGACCAGUGGAAGGGGACCUUGGGAGAUGGUUCUCAUCAUUCAUGGCUUCCCCUCUGACAUAGCUGCUUUGAGGUUUGAAUGGGCAUGGCAGAACCCCCACUCCUCCCGACGCCUGUCCCAUGUCACCCGGCGCUCAAAGAAGGAAUCCAGCCUGCAGUUCCACUGGCGUGUGGUGUCCAACAUGUUGCGGGUGAUGCCGUGGAGCCGCCUGCCCCUCACCACCCGCUGGCUCAAGCAGGAGUACAGGAUGGACUUUGAGCCUGGCCUUCAGCCGCCGCUGCACGUCCCUUUGGCCUUCGGCAGCAUCAGGGCCAGGAAACAGAAACCGAAGGAUGUGGAAGAGGAACAAGAGGAGAAGGGUGCAGAUAUAUGCCUCCUUUGUCAGGGGACUGUUAAGUCUGCAGAUAAGAUGACCUGCUUCCAUCCCUUAUGUCACAUGACCAGUCACCUGAUUUGCUUAGCCAAACACUUUCUGACGGGUGAGGCCGCACAUCUCCUUCCUGUGGAGGGGGAGUGUCCUGGUUGCCGUCACUCAGUACUGUGGGGGAGUCUGAUUCGCCACAAGAAUGGCUGUUACGGAGAUCUGGAGAAGAACACAUCCUCAUCCCAAAACCAUUGGACAGAUGAACUGCAGUUCUAAUCUGAAUGUGAUCAGUCAGAACCUUCGUAAUAUGAACUUUGAACUGCUACCGAGUCACCAUGACUGUACAGAGAAAAGACUGCGAAGAUAGGAUGAAAUACAGUAGAUCAAUGACUAGCAAGUUACUCUUUAAUGGACCUGCAACAGCAAAGCUGUUGAUCCCAUCAGAAGAUUUAAUGUAUGCACAAAAAUCAUGCUAAUCUGGUGUGAAAAAAUGUUUUUAAUGCAGCAUCUGAACCCUUUUUAGAUUGUAUCUGUUAACUGAAAAACAAUCAUGAAUAAGGCCGUUUUAAAUGUGUGUAAAACCUAUGUAUUGUAUGUACAACCAAUAAAACAUAGAUGCUUUGUUUUGGAGCCAAGGAAAGCA